AGAGAGAGAGAGAGAGAGAGAGAGAGAGAUGGAUGUCCCUCGGACUUCCCCAUCAAAGCACUAUAACAUUCCAAGCUGAUAAAGUUAGUUAAACAACCCCACAACACACACUUUCCCUUUAAUUUUUCCCCCGUUUUUACUCUUUUGCAAGGAUUACAGAACAACUCAUCACUCAUCAUUUCUCAGUCCAAAUCCUAUUUUUUGGUUUCCUUGAUGCUUGGCAUCGGAGGUCGAUUUAAUCAUUAGAGACACUCGCUGGAAGGAUGAAGUAGAUAAUCAAAAAAAGAUAUCCCAGAUAAAGAGUAAGGUGUGGUGUAUGACAUAAUGGAGAAUACCCAGUUUGUGUUCAAUGUUUUUAUCUUGUUCUUGAGAUUUUAAGAUCCUUUUCUGUGGGUAUUUAAGAAGUCUCAUUUCAUAGAUUAAGAGCUUCUAUAUUCUCAUUUCAUACUUGGGUAUUGAAGAGAUGGUUUUACUAUCAUCUUCUGAGAAACCCAUUUAGUGAUUCCAGAGUUUGAGGUAGAUGUUUCGAGGUUCUUUAAAUUCCACUUUUGGUACUUUCCUGGUAACCUAAUUCAGGAUUGAAGAUAAGUGCUCCAUUUGUUUGUAAAUUCUAUGCCACUGGCUAAGUAUGGCCGAUUUUAGAGUUACAAGAGUAGAACAGGGUCAGACCAGGAUCAGAAGCGUGCCCAUUGCUGUAACACCAGAAGGAUUUUGGUGUUGUCCCUCUCCGGUUGUGUUUCAGAAGACCCUUAAAGCUCAAAAUCCUCAGACCAAACCCAGACCUCCCCCUCCUCCACCCAAAGCACCUAUUCAGAAGAAGCAAACCGCCAUGACUGAGAGGAAACUCUCUACUAACCCAUCAAGAAUGAGAUUUGUUCCUGAUGACCAAAGAUCUUUAAUCUCUGAUACCGCUGGUGUUAAUCCAUCUGUGGUUACUGAGAGAGCACCAAAACCCAAUGUUGAGAAUUUGCAGCGGAAGCUGGCAAUUGAGUUUGGAGAACCUGGAACCAGUGAUCUGAAGGUGAUUUUAUCUGGGAAACCGGUCUUUUCUGUGAAGAUGAGUGUUCAUAAAAAUGUACUGGUUGAAAAUAGCACCUUUUUUUCUGAAAAGCUCUCUGAACAACAGUCUCCUUUGCGCUGUCUUGAAAUUGAUGACUGUGAAGAUGUGGAGAUUUAUGUGGAGGUCGUGGGAUUGAUGUAUUGCAAAGAAAUGAAGCAAAGGUUGAUCAAACAAAGCGUUUCACGGGUGCUUCGUAUUCUUAAGGUCGCUGAAGUACUUGGGUUCAAAUCAUGCAUGCAGUCAUGUUUGGAAUACCUGGAAGCAGUCCCUUGGGUGGGGGAAGAAGAAGAAAAGGUGGUCUCCUCAGUCCUACGCCUCCAGAGCAAUAGUAUAGGAGUCACCCCAGUAUUGAAACGGGUGUCUUCUGAUGUCUCCAACCCUCCCAGUGACACACUUCUCCAUAUAAUGGAACUGGUCGUCAAGAGUAAUGAGGAGAGAGGUCGGCGCGAGAUGAAAUCUUUAGUACUGAGGCUCCUGAGGGAGAAUAACAAGCUUUCUGUCAAUGAUGGCUCAGAGGACAUCUGCAAUGAAAACACAUACAAUUUGUGCAGAAACAGUUUGGAUGCACUGUUGCUUUUGUUCAGGCAAGCUGCAGAACCAGGAUUUACUGAUAAAUCUAUGGACAGCAAAGGUCCUGUCGCAAAGCAGAUAGCUUUAGAAGCUGAUAACCUUCUAUGGUUAGUUGAGAUUUUAUCCGACAGAAGAGCAGCGGAUGAGUUUGUGCUGAUGUGGGCCAGCCAGCAAGAGUUGUCUGCACUUCACUCAAGGCUUCCAACAGUGUCUCGCCACCUUGUUAGCUGCAUAACAGCAAGGUUAUUCAUCGGAAUAGGGAGAGGGGAGAUACUUCCAUCAAAGGAUACACGACUGCUAUUGUUACAAACAUGGUUACAGCCAUUGAUUGACGACUACAGCUGGUUACAGCAUGGUUGCAGAUCAUUUGAUCAAAAGAUGGUGGAGGAAGGAAUUGGUCGGACAAUCCUGACAUUGCCACUGGAAGACCAGCAGAGUAUUUUACUUGCAUGGUUGGGUAGUUUCUUGAAGGUGGGUGAUAAUUGCCCAAAUCUUCAUAGAGCCUUUGAGGUCUGGUGGAGGAGAACUUUUAUUAGGCCUUAUGUGGAACAACCGGAAAAUCAGCUCCAACUAGAAAAUCCAUGACUUCCAUGUAGCAAGACAAAUAAGUAUAUAUGAUUGCUAUAGAUAGCUGUAAGAUUCUGCUAAUGUAUGAAGAGUGUGAUUGUGGCAGAUGAAGUGAAAAAGAGGACAAAUGAUAGAAAUAGAGAAAGAAAUUGCAGUCUUUAGUCUUUGCUCUAUGAAGUAAAGGUUGCAGAUCUUUCUGAAGGGAAACCAGUAAGUAAUUCAAGUUGGUUGUUAUUAUGGAAUCUUUCUUUUGGGGGGUAAAAUUAUGGAAUCUAUUGUCAGAAAUGGAUUAUGGGAUUUCUUGUUUCA